AUGUCCGAAUACGCCGCGCCGCUCCUCUGGUCCUUCCUCCCAGCUCAGCUCACCGCUGCCCUUCUCCCCACCCUCUCCGGCCUCGCGCCCCGCCUCUUGCCCCCAGCGCCCCCAGGCACGCCAGGCUACACGCGCAAUUUCCGGCGCGUCAUCACCGCCCUCGUCCUCGGCUGGCUAGCAUAUGCGUUCUUCACUGACCGCCCCGAUGAGAAGGGUGGGGACUGGUACGACCUCCUCGGGGUGCCGGUGCGCGUCGGCGAAGAUGGGCUCAAGAAGGCUUUCCGCGGCCUGUCGCGCAAGUUCCACCCCGACAAAAUAGGGCCGAACCCGGGGCGCGAUGUCGAGGCGCGCUUCGUUGCCAUCCGCGCCGCGUACGAGGCCCUCGGCGACCCGGUGCGCCGCUUCGCGUACGACCGCUUCGGCCCCGACAUUGAGAACUGGCAGGGCGCCAAGACGGUCCGCGACUACAUGAUGGCCGGGGUGCAGCGCGCCGCCGGCUUCUACGUCGUGACGGUCGGCCUGCUCCUCGCCCUC